GUUAAAAACUGACACGCAUCUUCCGGGACUCUCAAACCUCUGCAGUGUAUACUCGCAAAUCCAGGUUCUUCGGCGCUCGCGUGAAUCAUCAUGUGUUCGGUACAGAUGUCUGACGGUUCGGUUCGUUUGGAGAUCUGCGGGGAUCAGCCGCUCUAUUAUCGGCAGGCGCUUCCCGCGUUGGGCAGCCCGAAGCUCUGCGUGCUACUGCUGCACGGGAUCCGCUUCUCAUCGCAGAACUGGCGGGACAUCGGGACUCUGGAGGCCGUAGCUGCCGCGGGGCACCGAGCUGUGGCGAUAGACCUGCCAGGUUUGGGUCAGUCGAAGGCUGUGGAAGCUCCGGCUCCGGUCGGUCAGCUGGCUCCAGGUGUGUUCCUCAGGCAGCUGUGUGAGGGUCUGCAGACCGGUCCUGUGGUGAUCAUCAGCCCGUCUCUCAGCGGCAUGUACUCCCUACCGUUCCUCUGCCAGCACUCCGAGCAGGUCAAGGCCUACAUCCCUGUGGCUCCUAUCUGCACUGAGAUGAUCUCAGCAGAACAGUACAGCAGCAUACAGACCCCAACGCUGAUUGUCUACGGCGAUCAGGACACUCAGCUUGGGGAAGUGUCGCUUAGCAACCUGAGCCAGCUGCCCAAUCACAAAGUGGUGGUAAUGAAGGGGGCAGGGCAUCCUUGUUACCUUGAUGAUCCAGCGACCUGGCAUAAGGCAAUCCUGGACUUCUUGCAGUCAUUGUCGUGAUCAUCAUUUUGAACAUUGAAGUAAAAGUGCACUAUGACCAUUAAUGGAACAAUUGAAAAUAUUCUUUCAAUAACUGAUGAAUAUGAAGUAGCCUAUGCAUAAUUGAACUUAAAAUAUGAACUUAUUAUACAGCCAAUAGAGGAAUGGGGCUAAAUUACAGGAGCCAGAAGGACUUUGGUUCUAUUGUCAUAUCAUUUUUGCUAUUGUAUGACUUUAUUUUAAGGAAGCUAUGCUAAAAACAAAUUUAAAUGCAUUAAAAAGAUAAUGUAGGACAUUGUUUUAUAAAAUUAUACGUAUCAGAAUGGUUUGUAUGGAAAAGUAGAGUACAAAAUUGCAUGACCACACCUUCUAAUCUGCAUAUUUAAUUAGCCCAUAUUAAUCCACUGCUAGUAGGUGUAUAAAUUCAGUUUAAAAACAUAAGCUCCAAGUCUAAUUUCUAAUCGAUUGAGCCGCAUGUGGCUUCACAUCAUGCCUAAUAACAGCUCAAACCUGUGGUAAAAGUCAUUGUAAAAUGCGUAACAUAGCAUGCUGCCUUUUGAACAAAUCAUUGGUUAAUUUUAGGGUGUCGAACAGCAAGUGCUCACCAUCAAACUGAAGCAUUAUUAAUUCCCAUAAGUUUGGAAUUAUAUUUUUCAGCAACGUUUGUAUGUCAAGUGUCAGUGUAAUUUUCAAGUGUUGGAUUCUGCAGGUUUAGUUUUGUGUGGUCUAAAGCAUGAUGGAAUUACUAAACAUUCAGUUUAUGCAUUAUUAAGACAGCAUAAUAUUUUCAUACAUUUCUGCACCAUAAUGAUUUAUCUUGACUUUGCAAAGUCAGGUAACACAAAUUCCACUCCAUUUCUUUCCAUUUAGCUUAUUUUAAACAAACUGGAAGAAUGUAGUACACAAUUAAAGGAAUAUUACAGGUUCAAUACAAGUGAUGCUCAAUCGACAGCAUUUGUGGCAUAACAUUGAUUACUUGAAACAUCCCUCUUUUUCUUAAAAACAAAAGCAGAAAUGGAAGUUGACCGUAGUUCUAGCGGGAGGACCAGCAGGUGUACAUCAUCACAUCAUUAGCUGGGUAACUCCAAGCCAAUCGCACGUAAGCCAAUGCUUUAUAAGUCCGCUCACAAUCUAUCACAUUGCUGUUUCAGUGUGCAACCUCCACCUCCCCACCACCACCAGUUGAGCCCUGUCCCGCAGGGGGGUAGGCUCCUCGCUCCUGCCUCCUAUCUCCGGCAGGACAUGACGGUUCCGGGUACAACUCCCUCGGACUGCCGGACGGGGCCUACGCCAAAGAGAGAGACAUCACCUCCCGUUUUACAUCUAUCAAAUGAAUGGCAUCUCAGAUUUCACUCAAGCCUGCGUGUCUUCCCGAUAGAAAUCAAGGUUACAGUGAGGCAUUUAGAAAGGAAGUGAAUGGGGCCAAUUUAGGAGGAGUUAAAGGCAGAAAUGUGAAGCUUAUAAUUUUACAAAAGCACUUACAUUAAUUCUUCUGUUAAAACUCUUGUAUUAUUUCAGCUGUAAAGUUGAUUAAAUUGUACAUUUUACAGCCAUUUUAGGGUUUGUUGACAUUACAUCAUCAUGGAAAUGAAGUUGUAAAUUUGAACUUUACACAGAAAAGGUUAGUAAAUUAUUUUCUCACACUAAAAUAAUGUUAACAUGCAUAUUGUUUAUGUCUUGUGGCUAUAAUUUUGAAAAAGUGAGUAUUUUAACAUUCAAAAAUUGUCCCCAUUCACUUCCACUGUAAGUGCCAUUUUGUGGUAAUCAAUAUUAUACCACAAAUGCUGCUGAUUGAGCUUAACUUGUAUUGAACCCGGAAUAUUCCUUUAAGAUGCCUCAUAUAUGUCAGAAAGAGGAACCAGUGAUUUAACAAAUCAUCUAUUUGUGUUUAUGUGAAAAGCUGCAAUGACCCGAUUGUAUCAGAAAAGUAAACACUACACAGUGCACUGAAGUAAAAAUAUGAACAUUAUUUAAUAACUGAUUCUCUGUAAUAAACAAUUUGAAAAUAUUUUACAAGGAGUCACAGACACAAUAUUUUACAAAUUUUCCCUUUGUCAUUUUUUGUUGUCUGUACAAAAAAUAAAAUGGAGCAACGUGGACCCAGACACGAGGCACUGAGCCCCCGACACACGAUCCAUUAAACAAACAAAAGAAAAAUACACUCACCAUAAUAUCAGACCUCCACUCAUGAGUAUUAUCAGCAGUACUGUGAUUCUAUUUUUUAAUCGUUAAUACAUUGUUAAACCUCAUUCGUGUUAAAUUCAGUUUCUCUCUUUUUUUUUUUGUAUAUUAUAUAUAUUUUUUGUACACAUUUGUCACUAGCACCAGACUAAAGACUACGUAAUCACAUACACGUCUCGCUGAUGGAAACGCACCUACAAGGAUGUUGCUUUGGAGUGGGAGGGGCCAGAGGAGGGUCUAAAAUAAUGACUCCUCCCAUUAGGUGGGGUAUGGAAUAGGCCCCUCCCCUUGUGCAAGCUGCUUUCUCUUUUAGCUUUUCUUUAUGAAUACUAUUUUUUUUACUAUUUGGCAAAAAGCAAAUAUUUCGGACCACUUGAAAACAAAACUUUUGAUCCACAGUGUACUUGGAAUUGUGACACAAGACAAGCACAUUCAUGAUCAUUUAACUGCGGUGUCUUGCCAAAAUGUGUUUCCCUAAUGUGGGCAUUUCUGUGCCCCUGUACAUCGGAAGUGUUCCAGUAUUAAGACAAUGACAUACUGUACUCAAAAAAACAAACUGAAAUAAAAUAAAUAAAAGGAAAUAUUCAAAUAAAAAGUAGCAACGUUUUGAUAUAACUCACCAAAAAAAUGACAAGGCAUAUUUUCAUUCUUUCGUAAAAUUGCAGAUUGUUUUCAUAGUCAGGCAAAGAAAAGUUUAGCUAGUUUUGACAUUGAAGGAAUAAUUCACGCAAAAAUUAUAAUUCUGUCAUCAUUUACCCUCACAUCAUUACAAAGUGAUAUGAGAAAUUUAUGUGGGAAACAGUCCGAAAUGUAAAGGUGACCUAAUAUGCAAAAUUCACUUUUACAUGGUGUUUGUACAUAAAUGUGAGUCGGCAGUGUGUGUACACAACCACCCUACAAUGUUAAAAGUCCAUCCACUCCUCUUUCUUAUAUUUCUAUUAAUCAAAAACAGUGUCAAAUAAAUUUAGUUUCACGUUAGAGCAGGCCCCGCCCACACCUGGCAGCUCAUUUGCAUUUAAAAAGAUACACACAAAAACAGCGUGUUUUUGAUUCCACUCAAAAAGAGUCAUUUAUAACAUGGUAUAAUAGAUGAUCCGAGGGGUAUUUUGAGCUGAAACUUCACAGACACAUUAGGGGGAAGAAAAGUAUGACAUAACUUUCCUUUUUGAGGUGAAUCAUUCCUUCAACUUCUCACAUCAUACAAAUCUCUGUUUUGUUGCCAUUAAGCAUUGGGGCGAACACUAAAAACAGUCUUCAGUUUUCAAUAAAAAAAAAAAAAACAAUUUGGUGUAUGGAAAGAGCUUUAUAUUGUAGACGGAUAUUGUGAGGAUAAGAAUUGCAUUCAAGUUCAUAUAUUAGUGAUAUGUACAACUUUAGGCUCAACUUUCAACCUGACAAUUAGCAUAAUUUUCUCUAAAAUCAAUUAGUUCUGAUGGUGGUACAAAGGUGAUAAACAAAAUUCAGACAGGAAACAGAGUGAUAGAAAUGUGUCCACUAGCAUCAGUGUCAAACAUGCAACAUUCACCUCUCAAAUAAGAAAAAUACAUGAUACAUCUUGAUAUCUGUUUGUGAGAACAUAAGAACAUUAAAAGUCUGUCAACAUUUACUCACCCUCAUGUCAUUUCAAAGCCUUUUAUGAAGAUUUUUGCGAAGCUUGACAGACUCCGGUCAAUAUAUUUUAUCAUUAAAAGGAAAAAAGCAGCUCGAACAUCUAAUUUUGUGUUCUACGUAAGAUCAUAUAGGUUUGAAUCACAAUGAAGGGGAGUAAAUGAUGACAACAUUUUCAUUUUUGGGUGAACUAUCCCUUUAAGAACAGAGACAGAGGGAGUGUUCAGAGAAUUAAAUGCAGUGUUUUUAGCACGGAUUGCGUUGACAGACGUACAUGAAACAUUCGUUUGACACUUCUGUGAAAACCACACGUGUAUCAUUCCUGCAACACCAACAAUGACAAUAAUCUCAAAAGUACUUAUAACUUCACAGUUAUUUCACAUACUUCAUAACAGCAAACACCAAUUAAUUUCCUCAACCAUUAGCAAACCUACAAACACACAUAAACACACUCCCCCAAACAAACCAGACAAAACACAUCUACAACAGGUUAAGGAACUCUAUAACCAGCACCUCCAUUAUGAUGCUUAAAAUGGAUCGAGGUGAUGUAGAGCGGUCAGUUUUGCAACUCUUAACACCUAGUUCACGCUUACUCAGUCACAACUUAGCAAUUCGAUUGCAAGAAUUUCACCCACAAAAGCACACUCUUUAAAAUAAGGUCCCAAUUUGAAAGGCAGCCUGAAAAUGACGUGACAGGCAACAUGUCUGCUAAAUAAAAUGACGUGGUUCAUUACUCGUAUCGCAGCAGUUUCAAGAUGAAAUAUCCACUGAGGGUGUGGUGUGCUAAAAUCAAGUCAACUGUUCUUUUUUUUCUAGUUUUAAAUAAACAAAACCAAUGUCUCUAGACUAAUGUCUCCAAGUUUGAGAUACAACAGAACGCAAUAGUUAAAGCAACCAUGCCAUUUUGUGGUGCUUUUAUGACACUUUCGGCUCACAUAAUGUACCGACUCGCUGUCUUUGCAGGUUUUGAACCCGAGUCUUCCAAAUUCAAAGUCCAACACUUUAUCAGUUGCACCGCUGUGCGACUUGGUCACACUUGAAUAAGCUUGUUAAUGUACUUGGUUAUGCAAUGCAGGCUUUAAAACGUGUCGUCUUUGAAAUCAUGCGUUAUAAUAAAAGUGUUCCAAAGUUUUGGGUGGGGAAUGGAACGAAAAAUACAUAUUUAUGAAGUGUUAAUUAAGCGUAAAACUCGUGAUUUGAGUGAAAGUGAAUAAAAUUCAAUGUUGCACCUCUAGUGUUUAUUUCACCAGAAAACUGAUACGUAGAACGAGGCACGUAAAACUCAUUUAGCAAAAAUGUAGUUAUAGUAAUGUGAUGCCAUGAGACUCUUCCAUGAGAGAAGAUGUUUUUAUAGGAGAAACUCUGUAGACUCCGCAAAUAACUUGCUAUCGUCUGGUGCUUCAAAGUACCCAGAAUACAAAAUACAUUGAUCUGAAGAUCCUAUACUGACACACUAAUUUUCAUUCACAUCAAACAUCCUAAGGCGAAAAUUGGUUCUUGAUGAGAAGGAGGUUUUUUGCUGAACACAAAGUGCUACAAAGAACCAUUGAGGAACCUUUAUGUUUGUAGAGUGUAAGUGACAAGAUCCUCCAAAUGUACAGGUCUUCCCAAGACAAUGCUAAAGACGGCUUCACAAUAUAUGAUGGGUCUUUGUUGGCACAUGUCCUGCCUUUCUGUUGAAGGUGAUGGCCAUUGAGAUAAUGAGAAAAUAAAACCAGGCAACAGUAUGCCGUGCGACUGAGGAUCAGUAAAUAAGCUUCCGAGCGCAUGUAAAUGCAAGUAAAUGUAUAAGGUGCUUCUAAAGAGUUAAUCAGGGUUUGUUUACAUUUGGAUUGAACAAAAUCACAGGGAGAAAUUCCAGAAAAUCUGAUCGGAAGGAUGUGGCAAACACUGUGGCUCAGAGCCCCUUAGUGGACAGGGAGGGAAUUUAUUUAAUGAAAUAGUUUUGCGUUCCCUCACAAUAGGUUUUGCAUUCCCUCGCAAUAGCUUUAUCCAUCCCUUUUGAAAAUUCACCAGCGCUUUUCUAGAGUAACCAUAUUUUACCCAUGAUAUUUGUAGUGAAACCAUAGUAAUAUAACAAGAAAACCAAAACUAUGGUAUUAUAAUAAUUCAACCAAAAAAAUAAAUAAAUAAGGUUACUACAGCUUUACUAUAGUAAAACCAUGGUUUAAUUGUGGUACAUGCACAAAGAUUUAUAAAACCAUGGUUCCGACCAAAAAAUGGAAGUGGAGCGUAGUUCUAGCGGGAAGCCCAGCAGGUGUACAUCAUCACAUCAUUAGCUGGGUAACUCCAAGCCAAUCGCACGUAAGCCAAUGCUUUAUUAGUCCGCUCACAAUCUAUCACAUUGCUGUUUCGGUGUGCUAACACUGCAACCUCCUCCUCCCCACCACCACCAGUUGAGCCCUGUCCCGCAGGGGGGUAGGCUCCUCGCCCCUGCCUCCUAUCUCCUGACGGUUCCGGGUACAACUCCCUCGGACUGCCGGACAGGGCCUACACCGAAGAGAGAGACAUUACCUCCCGUUUUACAUCUAUCAAAUAAAUGGCAUCUCAAACUUCACUCAAGCCUGCGUGUCUUCCCGAUAGAAAUAUGGUUACUGCAAAUUAACCAUUGUGUUACUAUAGUAAAACUGUAGUAACCAUGUUGUUUGGCAGAAUGAUUAUAUUACCAUAGUUUAAAUUUUCUAAUAAUAUCAUGGAUGAAAUAUGGUUACUGUGGUAAAAACAUGGUUCAUUUUUGUAAUGUAUGGGUAAAGUUAAUGUAAACAUUUUUAUGGGAGAACAUAAAACUAUUUCAGAAUAUAAAUUCCCUCUUUGUCCUCUAAGAGGCUUCGAACAAUAUUCAAAGUAAAAAAUAAAUAAAACGCAGUCCCUCAUGUCAGUCAAACUACAAUGCACAAGCUCAUUCUAAUGCCAGUCAUAAGGCCACAAAAAGACAUUGUAGCCCUACAGCCAGAUUGGAGGCACUGUCUAUGUUCGGAAUAGCUUACAAACAUACUACUCAUAGUGUUUCUGCCGUAUCUAUAUUGUGUGCAUAAAUGGAAUACCCAAAUGACCCAUUACAUUUGUCAAAACUUGACUUGAUCUUCCAUUUCCAAACAGAACUAAUAUUAACUGUUAUUUUAUCUCCCUUUUGACUAAUUAUUUUAUUGGACAACCAAAAAAGAUAUUUUGCACAAAAUUGGAUUAAAUGUGCAAAUUUAUGUCCAUUUUUUUAAAUGUCCAAGAUGAUAACUGGACGCCACUUACUGCAUUACAUGUGCAACAUAAUGAGAUUACUUGGCAUCAAUGCAACAUACUGUUUAAAAUGUUUAUCGUUGAAUAAUGCAUACUGUUUCACAUACUAUUUUUUACAAUUGUUUACUGCACAGUUUGCAGUAGGCUAGUAUGUUAUUAGAGUUAUAAGGCCCAUGAAAUGGUUCUUAAUGUAACCUUAUACGGAAUGUUGAAUUGACACUAUAAUUAUCGUCAUCUAUGAUCAGUGCUUUCCAAUGUGAAAGUGCAACAAGGCACAACUAAAAUAGAAUGAUAUGGAACUAGGCCCAAAACAAUAAUUUUUGUUGCAAUUUCAUCACAUUACUAACAUUUAUACUAAUAAUAACAAUAAUAAUGUCAUGUUGAUAACAGACAGCUUCUAAGAACUGGUUAAAACAUGUUUUAGGUCUGAAACAAACGUACUCAAAUACACAAACACGGAUGCAAAUGUAACAAGCGUUCUCGCGUUAAUGUGGCGGUAAUGAACCGAAGCACUCAAAGGGGCGAUAGAGUUACCUUGAAAAGUCUGUGCCAUUAAAACAGAUAUGCUAUUAUUCGUAUAACUAGCUAUAAACUAACUUAAGCCAACUUAAGAAAACUGAUCAUAGAAGAUAAGGUUUAUGCUAAUUCUACGCCGAUAAUACAAGAAUACCUUUGCUGCGUAUUGAAUUGUGUUCUGGCGAAUUUCAAAACGCAAUGGCGGCUGACAUCGGACUUGUGUAUAAGAUGUCUGCACAAUUAAUAAUAAUAAUAAAUAAAUAAUCACGGUAACAAUCACAGCUGCCACAAUUAACUAAUUCUGAAAACUGUCUAUUGCAGCAUUUCAUUAGGCCUACUCCAAUCGCAUCAAAAUGACCUAUUUAUGUAUUUUUAUGCAGAACAUUGAACAUUGUAACCAAUCACAGCGUCUGACAUGUACUACAUAUUCUAAAUUAAUUGCAAUUACAAUAGCAAGGGAAAUAAUUGACAUUAAACGUUCAGCCCUAAAAAGCAUUUGCAUUUACAUACUUGUGAAAAAUGUGUUUUGGGCCUCAUGUAUAUAAAAAAUAAAACUAUCCUGCUCUACAGUAGUGAUCACAUUAACUAGAAUGAUGGUUUCAUCGCAUUACUGUUCACUGACAAAUACAUUAGUGCAAACAAUCAGCAUGUUGUGAAGUGCUCGUUUGAAUGCAAUGCACAAUAGAC